AUGGCUAAAGUGCGGCUGAGCCAGAAGGAGAAGAACAAGCUGCUGAAGCACCUGGCCAAAGAGUGCGCGGGGGUGGGGCCAUCCAGCCACUCGCACACUCGCACACGCACCGCAUCCUCCGACCCGCACACGGCCACAGAGACUCAACAGCGGGGACAUGCGGCUGUCGUGGGGGGGCGGCGGCGGAGGAGGGCGCGCGUAGAAUCCAAAGGGACCGCGUUGUGUGGAGCCCCGACACCGCUCAGCUCUACCAUGCUCUACUUCCAGAUGGUGAUCAUGGCCGGGACCAUCAUGCUGGCCUACUACUUCGAGUACACGGAUACCUUCAGCGUGCACGUCCAGGGCUUCUUCUGCUACGACAGCGCCUACACCAAACCCUACCUGGGCCCCGAGGACAGCAGCGCGGUGCCUCCGGUGCUGCUCUACGCCCUGGUGGCAGGGCUGCCCACGCUGCUGAUCACGGUGACAGAGACGGCCCUGUUCCUGGUCCAGUACACGUCCCCAGAGUUCGGGCGCUCGGACAGGACCGUGGCGAUGGGCGACUGCUGCUACCUCAACCCGCUGGUCCGCCGCACCGUGCGCUUCCUGGAGCAGCUCGAGUCCCGUCUGAUCCCUGUUUAUCCUCACCCCCCUCACCUCCCUCACCCUUCGCCCCCCAGCUCCAUGACUCACAGGACGCUCUGUGUUUUAUUAUAG